AUGAGCAGCAGAAAGGACUCCAUCUCGUCCAUGGCGCCCGAGAGCGCCAAGACGCCGAGCGAAAAGGGCAUCCAGGCCUACGCCGUCACCGAUCUCGACUUGGACAACAAUCCCUCCAAGCUCACCAAGAUCGAGGAGGUGAUCGAGGCUGAAGGCCACCUCUCCGACGCCGAGGCGCGCAAGCUGCUGCGCAAGAUCGACUGGCACACGGUGCCAUGCCUCAUGGCCAUCUACGGCCUUCAGUAUGCUGACAAGGUCUCACUCGCCAACGGCGUCCUCUUCGGUCUCAAGUCCGACACACACCUCAAGGGCCAAGAGUAUUCGUGGCUCACUACCAUCUACUACCUCGGCUACUUCCUCUUCCAGCCCCUCAUGAACUACGCCAUGCAGCGCGUCGACGCCGCCUACGUCCUUUCCGCCAUGACCGUCGUCUGGGGCAUCGUCCUCGUCACACUCGGACUGUGCAACAACUUUGCACAGCUCAUGGCGGUGCGCUUCAUCCUUGGCGCCUUGGAAGGUAUCGUCACCCCGGGCUUUACACUCAUCGUUGCGAGUUGGUACAGAAAGUCGGAGCAGAAUGCCAGGCAGCUGCUCUACUUUGCCAUGAACACCGGAUUCUCCAUCUGGGUCUCCGUCGUCAUCUACUUUAUCGCAAAGAAAGCGCACGACGAUGGCACCGUAUCUGGCUGGAGAGUCAUCAACUUCUUCCUCGGCGGUCUGACCGUAUUCACCGGCUGCGUCACCGCCAUCUUCCUCAGGCUGCCCAAGAAUGCUUGGUGGUUGAGCGAGAAGGAGCGCACACUUGCGCAUGCUCGCAUCAUCGACAACGGUACCGGCACCGGCGAGACGCAAGCAUGGAAGUGGGACCAGGUCAAGGACGCUUUCACCGACCCCACGACCUACUUCAUCUUCUUCAUCAACGUUACUUGCUGCAUCCCCAACGGCGGCAUCACCACCUUCCAGAGCCUGAUUUAUCAAUCUUUCGGCUUCACACCGCUCGAGACGAUCCUGUACCAGCUGCCGUCGUUCGCCAUGUCCUUCUGCUGGAUCCUGUUCGCCGCCUUUAUGAUCCACAAGUUCCCCCGGCUCCGCUUCUUCUUCAUGUGCUUCACCGUCAUCCCGGCGUUUGUCGCCGUGCUGACCGCGGGGACGCUGCCCAACGAGCCAAGGUACCGCUGGACCCGAUACGGCGUCUACCUCAUGAGCGUGCUCUACGCCUUGCAGAGCUUCCUCAUGUGGGCACUCAUGCCCGCCAUCAUCGGCGGCAGAACCAAAAAGACGGUCGUAGCCACUAUCUGCUUCAUGGGCUACUGCGUCGGUAACAUGAUCGGCCCACAGGUGUUCCGCGCAUCCGAUGCGCCGCGCUACAUCCGAGGUCUCAUUGUGGUCGCCUCGAUGCUUGCGCUUGUCUUUGUGCUGUGCCUCUGCUGGCUGAUGUACCUGAUCGCCGAGAACAGGCGCCGCAGAAAGCGACUGGCAGAGAUGGGCGUCUCGGAGGAAGAGAGGCUGCUCAAGAACAAGAUCAAUGGCGAACUCGAUAUGACCGACAACAAGAACAUUUACUUCUUGUACGCCUGGUAG